AUGAAUCCGCCUGCCCGGAAAGAAAAGUCCAAAGUUAAAGAACCUGCCUUCAGAGUGGAGAAGGCUAAGCAGAAAUCUGCCCAGUGGAAGCUAAAGCAAAGAAGAGCAGAGAUCUAUGCUCUCAGACUGACGGAGCUGGUGCUGCAGCAGUUCGGUAAGUUCUGUAAGCAGAUGCAGCCGCCUGUGGAGUGGGCCAGCCUGCAUCCCAGUCAGUGGACCUGGGGCCUUUGUCUGUGA